CUCGGCAUUUUCACAAAGGUCAACCCGCAUAUGAGAUGAUGGAGACUGACCCAGACUGGGCUCCAUCCCUGCAUCUGGGCCACACUGACAUCAGACCAACAGACACAGACCGCUCUUUAAGACGUGGUUAUCGGGAACAGCUGAAAAAGAAUGCCCUGCAAGCAACUGAAACGGGGCUCCAUCAGGCUGAUGAAAUCCUUCAGCGACAGGAUGAAGUUACACAUGAGGCGACAGAGAACCCUAACCAGCAACAGACUGACACGCAGAAGGCUGCUGAAAACGUUGGCCGGCCAAACACCAAGGAUGACACAGAAGGUGGUCGUCAGGAAGGACAGACAGAAUGUAACCUGUGUGUGCUCAGGUGUGCAGAGAUGAACCGUCUUUUGGAAGAAAACAGAGAGCUGCGGCGUGAACUUGAUGAGCUGCAGAUCUCUGAUGGCUUCUUUGGAGACAGUAAUGAAAAAGUCAAGUACUAUACGGGUCUACCAAACUUGGCAACCUUUAUGGCUUUGUUUAAUUUUCUGCUGCCUCUCAUGUCUGCUCAAAAUAAAAUUCUCAGUCCAUUUCAAAUGCUUCUGCUAACCUUCAUGCGUCUGAGAUUGGAUCUGCCCUCACAACACCUUGCUUAUCUCUUCCUUGUUUCACCAGACAGUGUACAGAACAUUCAAUGAAAUGGUGUCAUUUUUAUAUGCAAAUCUAAAGUGUGCUAUUGUGUGGCCAGAUAGAGACACCUUGCACAAAAUUAUGCCUCAUCAGUUUGUGGAGGCCUUUGGACAUAGAGUCACAGUGAUUAUUGACUGUUUUGAAAUUUUCACAGAGAAACCAGCUAAUUUGAAGGCACGUGCCCAGAUGUUUUCCUCCUACAAGCACAAUCAUACCAUGAAGUAUUUAAUAGGCAUAACACCCAAGGGAGCUAUAUGUUUCUUGUCAA